AUGCUACAAUCAUUACUUAGCAAUGGAAAUGGCAUCUUCCAAUCACAGAUAACUUAUAGAUUUGGGGCUUGUCCACAUUCAGUAGCUGCAGAUGAUGUGAAUCAUGAUACUCAUAUGAAUACUGUUGUCGCUGACAGUUUAUUCGGCUAUAUUAGCAUUUAUUGUGGCUAUGAUAAUGAAAGUUUUACAAUGCCCAAGUAUUUUGCUACUGAUAUGUGUCGAUGGGCUGUGGCUAUUGGUGACUUCAGCAGAGAUAGUCGAUUGAAUAUCGUUGCCGCGCACGCUGAUACAAAUGUUGAUAUUCUUUUUAAUAUGUUUUGA